AUGGCGCAAGAGUUGCAAAACGGUGCUGGAGCUGACAACGGCUCGGAGGGAGCUGCGGCGGUCAAGCCGUGGUUGGUGGUGGAGUCACCGAAGGCGAACGACGCCGUUCAGUUCUACAAGGCGGCGUUCGGAGCUGAGGAGGUCAGCCGCGUGAAUCACCCCAAGAGGAAGGCGGAGCAGGAGAUCCCUCUGGUUCUCUCUGCUGAGCUCAAGCUUGGAUCCUCUGCUAUUGUUGUCUCCGACCUCAUUGACGACGCCUCUGCUCCGGUGAAAUCUGCUGUUACCGGAAGCGUGUUCUGCUUGGAGACCGGUGAUGUUGAAUCCGCCGUCACCAAAGCGGUGGCUGCUGGCGCUGUUGCUGAAGGCGAGAUCUCUGAGGGUGAAGGCGCGUUUGGUGGUGGGCGCGUGGGGAAGGUGAUGGAUCCCUACGGCAACGUCUGGCUCAUCUGCACCCCAUCUAAGAAGGGUGGUGACGUGGCAGCAUAA